AUGAAUCUUGAGACAAAGCUUACAUUAAUCUAUGCUUCAAAGCCACAAUAUUCACUAGAAAAUUACUACAUGAAAAAUCAUGAGAAUCCUAUUGGUGGAUUUCCUAAUUCAUCUCAAGGAUUCAUGCAAGAUUUUAAUCACAUUAAUAAGUUUAAUGUGAAUGGGUCAUUUUUCAAUCCUGUUUCUGGGGUCCAAACAACAAAUUUUGAUCCUUGUGAUAAUUUUACAUACGAUUUCAAGCCUAAUUUGAUGGAGAAUAAUGGUAAUGGUAAUGCUUAUGUUAUGGACAAUUUUUUAUAUGGAGGCUAUGGUUUGAACAUUUCUCAGAGAAAUAAUAAUAAAGUGGAAAUGAUGGUUACAAACCAACAAAAUUAUUUUCCUUUUAAUAUUAAUUCUCAAGGAACCAAGCCUUUGAAUUUUGUUGUACCCGAUCAAAUCUCAUGCAUAUCACCAAUGAAUUAUUACAAAAGAAUUGGCAUGAACAGAAACAAUGCUAGAAAGACAGAAAAAGUUCAGAAGUCCAACAUAGUCAAAGGUCAAUGGACAGUACAAGAAGAUAGGUUGUUGAUUCAGCUGGUUGAAAAAUAUGGAUUGAGAAAGUGGUCUCAUAUUGCUCAGCUAUUCCCAGGUAGAAUAGGAAAACAAUGCAGAGAGAGAUGGCAUAAUCAUCUAAGGCCUGACAUUAAGAAGGAUAUAUGGAGUGAGGAAGAGGACAAAAUAUUGAUAAAAGCUCAUUCAGAGAUAGGAAACAAAUGGGCAGAGAUAGCUAAAAUAUUAGCUGGAAGAACUGAAAACUCAAUCAAAAACCAUUGGAAUGCAACCAAAAGAAGACAAUAUUCAAAAAGAAAGUGUCGUUCAAAGUACCCUAGAGGAACUCUUCUACAAGAAUAUAUCAAAAGCUUGAACCUUGACAAAAACCCUCCAAAAGAUUAUAGAAGAAAACCUACCAAUAAUGCUACUUUGUUCAAAAACAAAACCAGUCAAAUCACUCUGUCUCAAACACCUUAUCAACAAUUUUGUCCCAAUCAGUGUUUGGUACCAAGUUCUGAUUUUGAUGAUGUCCAAGAUUUUGAGAGUUUGUUUCAAGAUGGGUGUAGUAUUGAUUCUCUGCUAGAGGAUAUGAAAUGUGGAUCAAGUGUUAAUCUUGUUGAUGAGACAGAUAUUAUGGGAUCAGUUAUGGUUGGAGUUGAAGUUAAGAAGGAGAUGGUGUCACUGCUCAAUUAAAUUGCUAAUUAAGUUACCAUUGGCAACAACAUUAUUUUUAGUUGUUUAUUCUAAGUAUAUGUUUUUGGACCCAAUUCAGAAGGAUGGAACGUGGACUUUGAGUAACUCAUUCAAUUUACUCUUUUCUUCUGUGUUUCAGAAACAACAGCACCUGACAGACCAGAAAUAUUGACAAAAUUAAAAUAACUGUAUUAUUAUUAUUAUUAUUAAUGUAUGUGCUUUAAAUGAAAAUUGUAGUUGAAUUAUGUUCCUUGUUUGAGGGGGAGAAUAUGUUAUAAGUUCUUUUUAACUGGAUUUGAGAAUACAGAAAUAAAAGUGGCAUUUUGUUGGA